UUUUAAUAUGUCAUACACUCGUUCACACUCAAAAAUAAUGCACAAUACCUCUUGAAAGAUUAUUAUUGCAUGACUGUUAACGUAAAGACAGCCACCAUCCACAGUGCAGGGGCUUGCACUCAUAAAAGGCUUGAAAAUGGCAAAUGCUUGCAGAUCUGUAAAAAUAAAAAAAAACUAACAAAAAAGAGUCCGCUGUAAAAACUGUAAAUAAUCAAGUUGGAACAGUGACAAGGCAACUUUUAAUUAAAGAUUGUUGAAUAACAUAUAUUACAGCAUUUGUUGCUAAGAUCAUGCUACCUAAAUUGCAAGUCAGGGUUUAUAUGAUUAUUUGAAAUGAGUACAGCCAAGACAUCCACUAUUUAAUGAUCCAAGCUUACUACUGGGAUUGUUAUUAGUAUUAUCUAUCAAUAUUAAUAAAGUUUAGGUCAAACAUUCAAACCAAAACUGGUCAUUUGAAACUUAGCUUAACUGAUUUGGAUUUGAUAUCAAUGGAAAUGGCCAGUAAACUGAAUUGAGAUGACCUCUGUUGGGCUACAGUGCUCCCUGUAAACAAACUGAAAAUAUUAACCAUGUAGUUCAAAGCAUAUUAUGCAAUAAAUUAUCAAAAAUGUUUACUUAAAUAUUUAUUUCAGAAUAGUAGCACGUUAAUUAUGUGGAUGUUUUAAUGACUUCAGUGUUUAAUUAUAAAAUGUAUGGCGUUUUUAGCCGUCACACUUCUGCGGACUGUGAUUGGUUCUUCGGUUGCCUAGAUACAGUUCAACAGAAGCCGUGUAGAAGGGUCACCCGAAUAUUAAGUUUCACCGUGAACAGCUUUUGAUUGGUUGUUUAGGUUGGGACGAUCUUUGCGAUUGGUUGUUAGUAAGAACAGAGCUGAAUUUAUACCCCAUUCGGCGAUGGUCUUUAGUUUCGGUUAUUUGUAACGCGACAGUAAUCCUUAACAUUUGAGUUUGGGAUUUAUGAUUUAACGAAGUUUAAAUCGACUUCAACAACUAGAUAUGGCGUCAAUGGCUCCGUGCGAUGGGAGUCGCAGACUGUUCAGUAAAAGCGGAAAGAAAGACAAAGUAUUCCAGCCUCCGGAUCUCAGACAAAUCACCAUCCUAAGGAAAACUGGCUGGCACAGGAUUCAAGAUGAAAUGAACGGGAUCGAUAAAGAAAAGGAGCGUCUUAGAGAGGCAGCCAAACACAGGGAGGCCCUGCACCUGCAGUCAAAGGAAAUUGUUAAGCUGUGGCCUGAUACCAUUGCUGGUAAAAGGCAGAAAAGGCUGGAGGCCAAGAAGAUCCGAGAGGAGAUGGAGGAGGAAAAGAGGAAAGAAAUGGCUGCAGAGGAAGCCAAAUACAGGGAAGAAGAGCAAAAGGAGGCCUUGACCAAAGCCAGAACUCAGCUGUACUAUCAAAAUGACCGGGUGAAAGGAUUAAACCGCGCACUCCUGCACACAGAGGUGCUGAAAGAGAGGGAGGCUCAGACAGAGCUCAAGCAAAGGAUGAAAAGUGCCGCUAAAGACAUGGAUAAAAAGUUCCUGGAAAUAAUGACAACCAGAAACGGUGAAGCCCUGCGGAAAGAGCAGGAAAAGGCUGUGCAAAAGAAGCUUGAGAGACAGACAGUAGCAGAAGACCUGAAGAACCAGAUAAAAGCCAACGAGUUUGCGCGGGAGCAGCAGAAGCUGGAAAUCAAGAAGGACGCUGAGGAAAUCCAGCAACUUCAAGAGCGUUAUCAGCGGGAGCAAAGAAUGGAGUCAGAGCGGCAAGCAGACCAGAAGAGGAACCUCAUGAACGCUCACCUGGUCAAUCAUAAAAGACGAGAUUGUUCAUCCUUUGCGUCCAGAUUUUACAGUCUGUUUAUUUGUAUCUUUUGUGUCCCUCAGGAUCAUCUCAAUAACAGGGCACUAAGAAAAGAGCAAGAGGCGCAAAAGCAGAAGGCUGAACAGGAGCAGAUGCAACUCUUUAUUUCAACCAAGGAACACAUGACAAAGCUACGGAAACAAAGAGAGAAAGAGCUAUUUAGUGAAGUUCAGCAGCGCAGAGAGAGGAUUUUGAACAAGCUGACAGCCACGCAGCAGGAGCAGGCUACAAACGAGGAGCAGAGGAUCGCUAAAGCUCUGGCUGAGUGGGACGCAAGACAGGCGCAGCUGCAGCUGGAGGAGGAGCGGAAGAAGUCUGAGAUGUUGAAGUCGACAGCUGCACACAGGAAGCUUUUGAAAAAGGAAAAGGAGCACCUGGAUAAAACUGCAGAGCAGGAAACCCGAGAUGCUCUGGAGGCAAAGAGAGAAGCCGACAAAAUAUACGCCAAGAAGCAACAACUGAAGGCUGAGAAAAUGAGAGAACAACAAAGAAAAUUGCACGACUUCAACGUCGCACAGACGGCAGAACGAAGCGCCAGACUUCAGCAGAUGAAAGACGAGGAACGAGAGUUCGAAGCAACGAACGCAAAGCUCAGCGCUGAAGAAGAACUCAAGUUUCAGCAGUAUUCACAGCACAUCAUCAAGGCAGCAGCAGAGGCCAAGAGAAAUUUGAUUCCACUUUACAAAGCCACGAGAGAAGGAGUGGGAGGUGGGCACGGCCCCGUUUUCAGCGGCGUCAGGCCGAGCUACCUCGUCCAGGACAGCACUGGGGCCCAGAUGCCCAGAUACGUGUCCAUCACCACAGAAAGCAUCAGAAAGCUUAAUGAGGCUGGAGACAUUCACGAGGCGAAGAAGAGACUGGGCUUCACCUGGUGAAAUUUUUUUUUAAAGAUUAAAACUAGGGCUGCAACUAUUAUUUUAGUAAUCAAUUAUGUUGUUCUUUAAUCAGAUAAAGUGUGUUGAUUUGCAAUUAUCCGUCACAGAUCAAACGUCGGUACAGCAGGGCUCACUUCUUUCAGGGUGCACAUUUGCUUCAUUGUAUAACUGAAUUCUGUUUGGUCUCAAACUGAGAUGUUUUCAAACGGAAAUCUGGAAAGAUUUUAGGUAAAAAGUCUAACUCUGGGAUGUUUAGUCUUGAAUUUAAGUUUUCCAUUUCCUAAUAUGGAUAAUAUUUGCAUUAGUAGAUUUUAUCCUUUGUAUCAGUAUUUGAAUGUUGUGUCCAUUUCCUUGUCCGAUAUUUAAAGUUUUCCUGAACUUCUUGGAA